CGGCGCGCGUCCGUACGCUUGGCCUCGCCCGCCCCGACUCGGACUCGGCUCACUCAUUCCGCCGCCGGCGUCCUCAGACUCGGUGCCUAUUCAAGAUGGCAGAGGCUCAUCAAGCUGUGGCCUUCCAGUUCACUGUCACCCCCGAUGGCAUCGACCUUCGCCUGAGCCAUGAAGCCCUCAAACAGAUAUGCUUGUCGGGACUGCAUUCCUGGAAGAAGAAGUUCAUCCGAUUCAAGAAUGGCAUCAUCACUGGUGUGUUCCCGGCGAGUCCCUCCAGCUGGCUUAUCGUGGUGGUGGGUGUGAUAUCAUCCAUGCAUGCCAAAGUGGACCCCUCCCUGGGCAUGAUCGCAAAGAUCAAUCGGACCCUGGACACCACUGGCCGCAUGUCAAGCCAGACGAAGAACAUCGUGAGUGGCAUCCUCUUUGGCACGGGGCUCUGGGUAGCGGUCAUCAUGACCAUGCGCUACUCACUGAAGGUGCUGCUCUCCUACCAUGGCUGGAUGUUCGCAGAACACGGCAAAAUGAGCCGGAGCACCAGGAUCUGGAUGGCUAUGGUCAAGGUCUUCUCAGGCCGAAAGCCCAUGCUGUACAGCUUCCAGACAUCUCUGCCGCGCCUGCCUGUCCCAGCCGUCAAAGACACUGUGAGCAGGUACUUGGAAUCUGUGAGGCCGUUGAUGAAGGAAGGAGACUUCCAGCGCAUGACUGCGCUGGCCCAGGAUUUUGCUGUCAAUCUCGGACCCAAAUUGCAGUGGUAUUUGAAGCUAAAAUCCUGGUGGGCCACAAAUUAUGUGAGCGACUGGUGGGAGGAAUAUAUCUACCUGCGAGGCCGAGGGCCGCUCAUGGUCAACAGCAACUACUAUGCCAUGGAGAUGCUGUACAUCACCCCCACCCACAUUCAGGCGGCAAGAGCCGGCAACACUAUCCACGCCAUGCUGCUGUAUCGUCGCAAGCUGGACCGUGAGGAACUCAAACCCAUUCGUCUUCUGGGAUCCACAAUUCCACUCUGCUCUGCCCAGUGGGAGCGACUCUUUAAUACCUCCCGCAUACCCGGGGAGGAGACAGACACCAUCCAGCACAUCAAGGACAGCCGGCACAUUGUUGUGUACCACAGGGGGCGCUACUUCAAGGUCUGGCUCUACCAUGAUGGGAGGCUGCUGAGGCCCCGAGAGCUGGAGCAACAGAUGCAGCACAUCCUGGAUGACCCCUCAGAGCCUCAGCCCGGGGAAACCAAGCUGGCCGCCCUCACUGCUUCAGACAGAGUGCCCUGGGCAAAGUGUCGGCAGACCUAUUUUGCACGUGGGAAAAAUAAGCAGUCCCUGGAUGCGGUGGAAAAGGCAGCAUUCUUUGUGACUUUGGACGAAUCGGAGCAGGGUUACAGGAAGGAGGACCCGGAGGCAUCCGUAGACAGCUACGCCAAAUCUCUGCUGCACGGCAGAUGUUUUGACAGGUGGUUUGACAAGUCCCUCACAUUUGUUGUCUUCAAAAACAGCAAGAUAGGAAUGAACGCAGAGCACUCCUGGGCAGACGCACCCAUUGUGGGCCAUCUGUGGGAGUAUGUCAUGGCCACCGACGUCUUCCAGCUGGGCUACACAGAGGACGGACAUUGUAGAGGAGACACCAACCCCAGUAUUCCCAAACCCGCCAGGCUUCAGUGGGAUAUCCCAGGAGAGUGUCAGGAGGUCAUAGAGGCUUCCCUGAGCAGCGCCAGUCUCCUGGCAAGUGACGUGGACCUGCACUCCUUCCCAUUUGACACCUUUGGCAAAGGGUUGAUCAAGAAGUGCCGCACGAGCCCCGAUGCCUUCAUCCAGCUGGCGCUGCAGCUGGCACAUUACAAGGACAUGGGAAAGUUCUGCCUCACGUAUGAAGCCUCCAUGACGCGGCUCUUCCGAGAGGGUAGGACAGAGACCGUACGCUCCUGCACUACAGAGUCCUGCAACUUCGUGAUGGCCAUGAUGGACCCCAUGAAAACGGCGGAGCAGAGGCUCAAGCUUUUCAAGAUAGCUUGUGAGAAGCACCAGCACCUAUACCGCCUCGCCAUGACGGGCGCCGGCAUCGACCGCCACCUCUUCUGCCUCUACGUGGUGUCCAAGUACCUCGCAGUUGACUCCCCUUUCCUGAAGGAGGUUUUGUCUGAACCAUGGAGGUUAUCCACAAGCCAGACUCCUCAGCAGCAGGUGGAGCUGUUUGACUUUGAGAAACACCCUGACUAUGUGUCCUGUGGAGGUGGCUUUGGACCAGUUGCUGAUGAUGGCUAUGGUGUUUCGUACAUUAUUGUGGGAGAGAAUUUCAUCCACUUCCACAUUUCUUCCAAGUUCUCUAGCCCUCAGACAGACUCGCACCGCUUUGGGAAGCACCUGAAGCAAGCCAUGAUGGACAUUAUCACCUUGUUUGGCCUCUCCAUCAAUUCUAAGAAGUAACCCUCCUGAGGCACGCGGAAGGAAAACGGACUCUCGUGAUACAAACCAAAUGAAGAAUAGGCGUCGCUCCUGAUCGUAGGGCAGGCAGAAAGUUGCUCUUCUAAAACUCAGUUUUCCUUCCAGAGGGUUUACCGUCUGUCUCCCUAGAACAACAGUAGGCUCCACCGUGUGAAGUGUGACCCUACGACAUCCAGAGAUGCCCUGGCUCCAGGAAUAUUGGGCACGGUCCCCUGAAGUCUUUCGAAUCGGCUCCUGCUGGAUGAAGGGAUUGGAAUGCUGGUGGAUUCCUGGAUUAUUGGGGUUGCAGCUUCACACGUGUUGGAGGUGACAAGACUUCCUCGGGGUAACCUAUAAAUACCUGGGACUGGAGGGUGCCUGACUCCACCCAGGCAGUGCAAACGUCACCUUGUGCAGAGCGUCUUCGGAGCCAGCGGAGGUAACAGCUGUAGCUAACACACACGUAAUGCACUAAUGGAAUGCCUGGGCUGGGGAUUAAGGUUUUGCUGCGGGUGCCAGGCGUGGUUCCUUUGGGAGUCCGCAUUUGAAUCUCCACAUUUCCAGGAAGCAGAACACCAUUCCCUCAGUGUCACCACCCUCGCGGGUCUCCAGAACCCAGUGCCUUAAAGACGGAAGCCCCUUGGGAAGUGGGGCAUUAGGAAGACUUAUCUGUCAAGUCUCUGGGUGGAUAUGUGAGGAUGUUGCUUCCCCUCACGGUUUCCUACAUAGGGAAGUAAGCACUUCCCCUCCCCCCAGAAGACCAGGUCCCCGGUGAAGGCAGUGAUGCUGGAGUUCCAUUAAGCCACAAAACAACAGGCAUGUGUCAGCAGAGGGGAGGGACUUGGGAGUCAAAGGCUCCAUAGCUGGAGGCCAGCCGGAGAGUGUGGCUUGCUAUGCUUGGCAGCUGGUG